AUGUCUGCUCCAGCUACUGAGAAGGACAAGAGGAAAAAUUAUUUUACAGACCAGGAGAAGGAUGUUAUCAUCAGGGCCAUGUCCAGGUAUGAUGUGUACCUCCAUGGUGCAGAGAGUGGCAACACCACUAAGGCCAGGAAGGCUCAGAUCCUGUUGCAGAUUGCGACAGAGGUCAAUGCCCUGGGAUACGAGCGAGACCGGUCGGCCCUGACCAGGAGACUGCAGUUUCUGGGCCUGAUGUUCAACUCGGAGCAGGCCAGCAUGUCCCUUCUGGUGGAAAAGCUUCAGACUGUGGUCCAACUUCCUUUUGUCGAGCGAACACCCUGCUCCCUCUUGGAGGUGGUGUCGGUUGUUCACCUAAGGACUUUGUCCUGCCUUCCUUGUGUCCGUGGCCUUUGCAUCUUAAAGAUGCAUGCCUUGGAUGUGGUCCGUGUGGUUAAUGUGUCCUUGUCAACUGCAACCAACUGCUGGUUGGUCAUUGAUCUUUUUAUGUCCAUGGUCGGCUCCAGGAAAAGCCUGGGGCCUCCUCUGCCACGUUUUCCAGUGGAAUCUUUGUCUCAUUUCAAUUGUUUUUCUUCAGCUUCCAGUUACUCUUCUUCUGAACCUACUACUGCAUAUCCAGAGGCUUCGUCAAGUUACCAUCAUCAGCAGCCUAAUCGAUUUGGACAUGGAUCUUGGGGCAGUAAAGAUGUGAGAGCGAGUGAAAAUGGUACUAAAUAUGCCAGAAAUGCUGCAUAUGUGAACAAAGACAUGAAAUUCAAGGCGCAGCCGAAACCACAACAGCUGCAUUAUUGUGACAUCUGCAAAAUAAGCUGUGCAGGAUAUCAGACAUAUAAAGAGCAUUUAGAGGGACAGAAGCACAAAAAAAAAGAACUUUCAGUCACCACCCAGAUUCCUGCAAGAGGUACACAAACACAAUUGCAGUGUCAGCUCUGUGAUAUUUCGUGUACUGGACCAGAUGCCUAUGCUGCACACAUUAAAGGCGUCAAGCAUCAAAAGGUUGUAAAAUUGCACACUAGAUUAGGAAAACCAAUUCCUGAUACAGAACCUGUCAUAACACACACACCUGGACCACCCAGCAAAUCUCCAACAUUCACUUCCACUGGAAUGCAAAACCUAGAAAAUGUACAAUCCCUUGAAUAUUCCGCCAACUCAGAGUCAUUACCUACAGAAUCAUCUGCAGUUUCAUCUACAAGUUCCAAGCAACGCCCAUCAAUGUUAGAGAUGGAAGAAGAGCACAUGGAUGCCCAAGAUACAUUUUAUGGAAAUGUUGUGCAACCUGUUGGAAAAAACUAUGUGGAAGAGAUUCAUAAUGAGGAAGGGAAGACAAUACGGUUCCAUUGUAAACUCUGUGAAUGCAGCUUCAAUGAUACCAAUGCCAGAGACAUGCAUCUGAAGGGCCGCCGACAUAGGCUACAGUAUAAGAAAAAUGUGAACCCACGCGUUCCAGUAGAAGUGAAGCCAAGCAAUCAACCUAGGAUGAUGCAAGAGGAAAGAAAUUGGCGCAGAUGGGAGCAUAGACAGGCAAUGCAGAGAUAUUUAGAAGAGGAACAAAUGUGGCUCAUGGAAAUGAGACAUUAUGAGGACAUGUACAGGAGAGAGUUGGAAGAAGAGUAUCUGUUUUGGGAAUAUCAAGAAAUGAGACGCAUGGAGUUAGAGUGGCACCAUAUGACACAAAGCAGGCCAUCUUACUCGCAUUAUACUUCACCUCAAGUGAAUGAAUCUGUAGAUGAUCAAUACAUUAUGAGAAAGCAUGCUCAGAUCUAUCCUACUGAGAAGGAGCUUGAAGUUAUCCAGAAAACUGUAUCGUUGUCUGAAAGGGCACUCAAACUUGUAUCUGACUGCAUUAGACGUGAAUCUGACGAAAAAGACGCUAGUAAAUCUGGUGAUGCCUGUCUCUUGAGGGGUGUUAAACGUGUUGGUAUCCUAGCAAAAGGUCUUAUUUUGCGGGGCAACCAGGAAUGUCAGCUAAUCUUGUUAUGCUCAAACAAGCCAACUUGCAACUUGAUGAAGAGGAUUGCAGAAGUUCUCCCAGAACAGCUAGAGAAGUUAUCCAAAAAGCAACAUAGUGUAACCUAUGACAUGGAAGAGGCUUCCCUUCUGAUUACAUUUGAUGUUGAACCAAGGAUGCAGUUCACAGUGUUUCUUACCUGUCAUAACAACCUGUUUGCUAAAAAUACAGAAAAAAAGGAGAAGGCUGUAGAGACAGAAGAUCUGGAGAAAAAGGAGGCUGUAGAGACAGAAGAUCUGGAGAAAAAGGAGGCUGUAGAGACAGAAGAUCUGGAGAAAAAGGAGGCUGUAGAGACAGAAGAUCUGGAGAAAAAGGAGGCUGUAGAGACAGAAGAUCUGGAGAAAAAGGAGGCUGUAGAGACAGAAGAUCUGGAGAAAAAGGAGGCUGUAGAGACAGAAGAUCUGGAGAAACAGGAGAAAGAUACCUGUGCAGCAUCGGACGAAAACAGUUUGCUUAGUGAAGAGAAGUGCAAGAAUUCUCUAACUCAUCUUCGCCAGGCACAGUGGUUUCAGUUUCAUGCCAGUGAUUUGCAGUCCUGUGUUAUUGUUAUCCGCAUUUUUCGUGACUUGCGUCAGAGGGUGACGGUAUGGAGGGCUCUAUCUGAUUGGGCUUUAGAAUUAUUAGUCCAGAAGGCUUUGAACUCUACAUCCACACCGCUUUCACCAGCAGAAGCCACACGAAGAGUUCUGGAAUGUAUUGCUUCUGGAGUUCUCCUUUCUGAUGGUCCAGGGCUUCAAGAUCCUUGUAAGGAGGAGACAUUUGAUGUCUUAGAAUCACUCACUAAUCAAGAACGAGAAGAUAUCACUGCAAAUGCACAGCAAGCACUCAGAAUGAUAUCAUUUAGACAAAUCCACAAGGUGCUGGAUAUGGAACCUCUGCGAUCUUCAAGACAAAGCAGACAAAAUAGAAAGCGUCCACGGGACACCAGUGACUCUGGUUUAGUAGCAGGAAAGAAGGACAAGAAAGAAAAUGUGGAAGAUGUUCAAAAACCUAAUUAGGAUUUGUGCAUGAACACCACGGUUUUAUAAUAGAAGCUUGAAUAAAAUGUAAUGGGUGUUGCAGCACUUCUUCUUUAUUACUUUUUUUUUUUUUUUUUUUCCAGAGUACCAGUACGUAUGCAGCACCUUUCUUUCCAGUAGUGUGUACAGUGCAAUGCUUUCCAUACACAAAUCCAAUGGUCUAGUUUUUUGUGUUCAUAUGUAAUUAGUUAUUGCCAUAUACGUAGCACUCUACAUACUCUUCGGGAAGAAAGCUGUUAUACAAGUAUGCAUAUAUGUUCUGCAGUAAACACACAGAUUGUGAAGUUAUGUAUGCAAACAUGUAUCUGUAACAUGCAAUACUAAAAUUUGUAAAGACAAUUUUCUCUUGAAA